AUGACCUCACUGAGUAGACGAAUUCACCGUAAAACAGGCUGCGUACCUUGUAAAAUCCGCAAGAAAAGAUGUUCCGAACAUAAACCGGUGUGUACAGACUGCGAACGGUUGGAUAUAUCAUGCGUCUAUUUACCAGCAAGCUGCUCAAGGGAGAAGGCAAAUAUAUAUCGAGAUAGUGUCCAAAAACAGCUGCUAGAGCGGAAAAGUCGUAAACCGAGCGGUACGUUGCCUGGUCCUCCCCUGCUAGACUCUAGUUCAUCCAUCGAUGAAAUCGAGGCCGAAGUAGGUGACGACGACUUUGCACGCUCGAAUGUUCUUGCAGAAUUAUCUCCGCAAGGCGUGAUCUCCAAAAUUGAUAGUGACAUGAACGGUUUAGAUUUUGUUCCGAUCGAGGAGCGGUAUAAUUGGGAGUUUUUGGAAAAUUCUCCCUACGUACCAACGCCGCUGCCCCCGCCGUCAGAACCUUUACUCAUGCAGCUUGAUGAUACUGCUCUCCAUCUUUACAGGUACUACAGAGACUCAUUGUCACAUAUUGUUUCAAUCGCGCCCGACAGACAGAACUACUUUCUUCAGAUUUUUCUUCCCAUGGCACACCAGGACGAAGGGAUUCUCUAUGGAAUCUUGGCAUGGGCAGCACAUCACUUGUCUCUGGGCGAACCAAAUAAAAACCAUGGGAGCAUGAUCAAGGAGAAGAGUCCAGCUGCUUUAGAUGAAACGUUUCGAGAUUUCCCCAAAAGUGACGACAAUCAAGAUCGGCAGUUCUUUAACCUACCGCCGUCAGAUUAUCCAAAUUCACAGGCAAUAAGGCCGCACGUAUCUACAACGUCCAUAUCGUCGAAUGAGUUGUCCACAAGGUCGGCGCGCGACUCUCGUUACGCCGCACUUGCCAAUGAGUACACUUUAUAUUCUUUGCAACGGGUUGCUGAUCCAAAAACUCACGGGUUGCUGGCGGCUUUGGCUAACAUUUUGAUUCUAUGUGGAGCGGAGAUUUGUCAGGGUGAUAUUUCACGCUGGCAGAUUCUUCUCCGAUGGGGCGCUCGCAUGAUAAGAGAUUACGCACCAAAUUGUGACAUCGGUGAACUUUUAGCCGAGAGCGAAAGGCCAAACUCUUCGACUGAUGCUAAGACAACCCGCUGGCUUUUAUCCAAUUUCGCGUACCAUGACAUUAUGGGAUCAGAUCCAACGCACUUUCCAAUGCAGCAGUAUCGCCAAAUUCUAGAUCAUCCAGACUCAACGCACGAAUACCACAUAGAUCCCUUAUACGGGAUUAAUAGACCGAUUUUCCAGCUGCUUGGACAGGUAAAAAAUCUCGCCCGAAAAGUGAAGGAAGAACUGACUUCUGCAGGCCUCAUGGAGGAUCUAGUCUCCCAUAAGCCGCUAUACGACAUGAUAGCUGCUGCUCAAGAACUACAAGUAUGCCUUUACAAAAUCCAGCCCAGCGAAGAAGAUCUCUCAUGGUAUCAAAGUGUUGCAGAUACAUAUAAAAGUACACGUUCGCUCGCCCAGACGCUAUUUUCCGUUUUCCGAGACACAGCUUUAUUACAUCUCAAGACCGCAAUACUUCGACAAGAUAUUAGCUCGUAUGAGAUUCAAUUCUUAGUCGCGCAACUGUCCAAUGGUUUAGACCAGAUCUUAGGUUCUCCAAUAGAGGCCGGAUCGUGUUUUCCACUAUUCAUCUGCGGCGUUAACUCCUACAACCUCGCUCAAAGAAGAAACUUGGAAUCGAAGUUCGAAGGCUUUCUACAGCGAUACAAGUUCCGCAAUGUCGAAAGAGCCCUCAUAGUUCUCCGGCAAGUAUGGGACAGGUCUGACCGCGGACUCGCCCAAGAUUGGUUCGAUGUCGUUGACGAAAUAGGCUGGAACUUGAAUUUUGCAUAG